AGACAAAUAAUCAUUCAAAAUUAUUUCUAUAGAUAUCAAUAUAACUUAUUCAGUCUCUUGCAGUCUAUUUAUACAAGCCUCUAAAAUACAAAAUAUUCCCUAUUGUUGGCAUUGCGCAGAUACUAACAUUUGAAACCCUCAUUAAAACUUAAUGCUCUUUAAUUUAGGCAUAUUGUAUAUCAAACAUUUCAUUUUAAUAAUAUAUUUUGCCCAGUUAAGAAUAUAAGAGGGCUGGCUAUCCUCCGUAUGUCAUUGAAAAUGAAAGUUUAAAACAUGCUUUUCAUGAUGUUUACAAAACAUUUUAGCCCGGGUACACCUAUCAAACAAAGCUAUUGUUAUGAAGCAGCAUUAAAAUGUAUAUCAUAAAUUUUGUAAGCCUGUUGGCACCUUUUAUUUACUAGAUCUUGAUAUAACCAAGUAUUUAUAUGCGUCCAAAUAUUUUUUUAUUAUUUUUUAUGCUUUUGAAAUGAGAGUUUCAAGCAAGCUAAUACAAACGUUUAAGAAGCGUUGCGUACCUUUUCAUAUAUCUAAGAUAGACGAUUUAAAUUAGUUUUUUUAAGGCAAAGAUUAAAAAUUGUACAUUAUCUACUAAGCAUUUGAAUUAGAAUAAGUUCGUCUGUGAACAAAUACUGACUUAUGCUGUCUAAUCAAGACAUAUUAUCGUUCAAUCAGUGCAAAGAUCUUUAAAACUUUGUGGAAUGUAAACCUCUGGCGUUUAUAUCUACCUUAGACUUGUUAAAAAUUUAGUUUUGUUGAAACCUUGGUACUUAUCUCGUAACACAUCACAGAACUUACUUUAAUCAAUAGGCAAAUAUACUGACAUAUGUAUUCACUGGUUUUAACCAAUAGAAAUAAGAAUGGCAAUCAGUAAAGAGCAUAGGCGGUUAACCUGUUAGCUGCAGUUCAUUUACUUUGAAAACCGGAAGUUAUGAGUUUUAUUAGUGUUUUAAUCUAAAAGGAAUGCGAAAUGGCAUCGUUUUUAGGAUUUUGUAGUGGAGGUUUUACACUGCUAGAAAACAGAUGAAGAAAUUCCUAGGUUGUUUUCUGUUCACACACGUGACAGCAAUCUCCAUAAUCAACAAAGACAUAAUUGACCAGGGAUUCUGUCAUAAUGAACACGUCAAGUUAGAACUACCUGUUGAAUGUGGCUCCAAUUUCACUGCAAGUGUACUUCAUUCCAAUGAUGGGAACCUCAUUUUGCAAUGCCAGCACCCCCUCCAUGGUUCGUUGAAUUGUGGCGUUGAGAAUGUGACAGGAAAAUACAAUGCAUCAACAGAUAUAUUUGAGAUUGACUUUAUAUACAACGAGACCGUCCACGGUGGUCAACAAUAUAACAUCAGUAUUUCCUGCAAUGACUCGUCGCAAGCAAUACAAAUUCUUCUCAAACCAUGUCGAUUCGCAGUAAAUGCGACUCUUCUCAACGAAUCAUCCAUUAUCGUUGAUUGCCAGCAUUCGUCAUUCAACUAUUCAAGAACUCCAUUAAGUAUCCAACAAAAGGAAGGGAACGAAUAUGGAACCGGCUCAAAAAACUAUCACACACCUGAUUGUCUUACUCUACGAAACGGUUUACGAUGUGUGGUACCAUACACACCCGGUAAUGUAUACCAGUGUUACUUGGGCAGUGCAGUGUACAACAUCGACAGCAUAAGUAAUCAAACAGAAACAACACAUUUAACAAGAAACACAACUUACGCAACAGGAACUGCAGCCAAAAGUAUUGGCUUUGGCAACACACGAUCGAUGCUGUUUGCUAUGUUCCCUGUUGCUCCUGCCAUAUUAAUCGCAUCUUGCUCAAGAUGAAAAAGUGUGAUGACUUAUCAGUAUUUAUGACCUUUUUUCCUAUAUCAUUCGCGUUAUUUGGGUAUUUACGUCAUCGA